AUGGGACAAGAGCGACCAACGGGCCGCAGUCUUGCAAGACGCCUCCUACUGGCGGCACUCGACCGUGAAGAGCAGGGCUAUCCUCCUGCACACCAGUCCCUCUAUCCGACUAUUGGAAGCAUAAAUUAUGAUCCCACCGUCGAGACCCCAGAGCCCACCGAUGCAAGGGCGCGACGCUUUACGAUCAACAGGACAGAUGCUAGCGUCCUCAUCCCGCCAAGUGACAAGCUCCUCGUCUUCCGCGCUCUCACUGGGAUCGACAGUACGCCGGCACUAAAUCUGUCACACCAUACUCCUCGAACAGCGCCUAAUAUUGGCAUCUACACGCGGGUCGUGAGGGCCGAAACUAAAGCCGCCAAACGAUACCGCUUCCACGCUGCCUUGAUCAACACCUGUCUGGGCAUCCAGAUCGUGGUCGCUGCUGCACUGACAGCUCUCGGUGCGGCGCGCGGCCCUCACAAUGCUGUAACUGCUUUCGGCGCCAUCAACACUAUCGUCGCCGGUAUUCUCACCUACCUGAAAGGCUCAGGCCUUCCAGACCGCUUGAAACACUAUCAGAACGAAUGGCGCAACAUUCGGGAAUACAUUGAACAGCGAGAACGUGAAUUAUGUCUAGAAGGAUGUGGCCUGGACGUUGAAGAAGAGAUCCGGAUUAUCGAGCAAAUGUACGAAGGUGUCAAACGCGAGAUCGAGGCGACAAAGAGCGGGGGCGACAACAGGUCAUUCAGUCGUGACAGGACGUCUACCCGACGACCAGUGAUCCAGCAAACAGAGCAAAGUAGGGAAUACGCCCCUCGUCGUUCGCCGAGUCCCGCAAGGACUUCAGAAGCCUUUGAGAAGCAUUACCACGAGCCACGAAGGGAAUUCACCCCUCGACCGCCGAGUCCUGCAAGAGUGCACGAGCGUUUCGAGAAACACUAUUAG